AUGUUUUAUAGGUCUCUUUCUGCUUGCACACUUUGCGGUGAAGAACAAUUAGAACAACUUCAUAAUAUCAUUAAAAAACUUGAAACCAUCCUCGCUGAGAUGAACCAAUUGAAGAACCCGGCAGCUUAUGUGUUAGGGAAACGGGUUUUAUUGGCUCUUUAUAGAAAACUUGAAACUCCGCAAAAAGAAUUAUUACAGCAUCAUGCAUUUUCAUUGGGAGAAAAAAUUUUGACCGGGAAAGCACGAGAUAUUUUAAAGUUGUCCCGAAAAAGCGCAACUAAGAAGACUGGAAAAACUCUCCAACGCUUUCCUUGUGUUGGGGAUUUUCAAUUUAUAAAACCAAUCAGCAGAGGCGCCUAUGGAAAAGUGUAUUUGUGCCGAAAAAAGCAAACUGAAGACCUUUAUGCAAUAAAAAUAAUGAAAAAAGAAGAGUUGAUUCGGAAAAAUAUGGUUGAGCGCGUACUGGUUGAGAAGAAGGCCAUGUGCGCUUCCCGCAGCCCCUGGAUUGUGAAGCUCUACUUUGCUUUCCAAUCUAAGAAGCAUCUUUUCCUCGUAAUGGAAUAUCUCAUUGGAGGAGACUUAGCUUCUCUGCUUCAUGUUGUUGGUGCCUUUAAUGAAGAGACUUCAUGCUUCUAUAUCAGCGAAGUUGUUCUUGCGCUUGACUAUCUGCACCGCUUAAAAAUAGUGCACAGGGAUGUCAAGCCAGAGAAUAUGCUUAUCGAUAAAAGAGGUAGCGUAGCUUUUUUAAUGAUAAGCUAUUAUUACGAUGCGUUAGAAAAAUAUAGAUUGCUUACUUUAUUUGAUGAUUAA